AUGGCGCACCAUCAUCACCACCAUCACCACCACCACCACGAAGGGCAUUCGGCAGGCAUUGCUUCCAAGAAUGAAGCGUACUGGAGUGAAAAUGCGGAGACAAUUUUUGAUCAGGAUUGGAUUCGUGCUCUUGGGCUUCAAAUCGAAACCCAUUUGAAGGAGAACCUGGCCUGGAUGGGUAUCGAUCCGAAGCAAAAUGAAGGGAAGAAAAUGCUGGACUAUGCCUGUGGUGACGGAUUACUGUCCCAUGUAUGCCAUUAUCCGAUACAAAAUUGCGUUCGGUGUCAGCCAAGGAUUCGUCAGUGGGUGAAUCAUUCCUAA